AUGCUCAGCUUCUCAGAAGGUUCUUGCACUGUAUUAGGUCAAGAGCACAAAUCCAGUUCCUUACAUCAUACAGAGACAGCUGAGCAGUACAAAAGCCUCCAUACCCAGAGCAGCAGCAAGUCCGAAGACCUGCUGGCAUCCAGUGUUCCUGCCUGCCCUGCUGACAUCCAAGACUUGGAGGAAGCCACCACACAAGAUAGAGCUGCCAAAACUUUCUCCAAUGCCACAUUGGCCUCAGGGCGGUGUAAUAUUGAUAGCAUCAUCUCCUUGUUGAAAAGCAAGUGUGGCAACGGCAGAAUCAACCUCUACCCUGUGGUGCAGCUCAUAGACAUUAUGAAGGACAUUGACCGACUCUCCCAGGACCUAAAGAGCUGUGGUGUUCAUUUAGAUUGCAGUGGCUUGCAAUUUGAUAGCCAUCUGCAGCUUAGUGAGGAAGGCCGGGGACAAGGUCUUCAUUAUAGCUUCUACUCCUCCCCCAUGCUGGCCAACAGCAUCCGCAGUCCCGAGGAGCUGGCAGUGCAAAGUAGCACCAAAGCUGAUCUUCUCAAACAGACCCAACCUAGCCAUUAUGCGGGAGAAACAGAAGGGGACACUCAAGGUGCCCAGGACCAAAUCAGCCAGAGUAGUCCUGUUCUGAAGGCUCCUUGUAGCCUAGAUGAAGCUAGCAGCUCAGAGUCUGAGACGACCGAUUAUCCUGAACUAGCCAAUACAGAUAUCCUGAGUGAACUGGCUUCUCUGGCCUGUCCAGGACCUCAGUUAUUAGAUCAGCAUCCAGAUUCCCACCAUCAGCUGCUACAAAGCCAAGGGGCAGAGUCAAGGUCUCAGUUAAUUGGUUCACAGUCUCUAGAAGACCAGCCCCAGCUAGUAGACUCAAAGUCUCUGGAGCCGCCUCCAGAACCAUUAGCCCUGCAGACAGUGGAUCCCUUGCCUGCACCACUGGGGCUGCAGCCUCUAGAACCUCUGGAGCUUCAGACUUUAGAACCUCUUUCUGAGUCGCUAUCACUCCAGUCCCUAGAACCCCUUUCUGAGCCUCUAGGGCUCCAGUCUUUAGGGACCCUGGACCACCAGUUGCUUGAUUCCCAACCCCAGCUCCUGGAUCCAGACGCCCAGCUGCUUCCCCCUUUGCCCAAGUUGCUAGACUCUCAGCCCCAUCUGGGAACACAGGAAUCUUCAGGAGGACACUCACUACAACCUGGAGCCCGCCUUGGAGGCUGUUCCUUAAGAGGAGUAGUAAGGCGAGGGGCUGGGCGGGGAAGGGAUGAUCACAGGAAAUACGCUCUACGGAGAACAGAUAAACCAAAGAUACUCUGUCGUCGUCGGAGGGGAGGCCGAGGGCAGCGAACAGAGAUUGUCACUGAGAGCCAAGUCCUCCCCAUGGCUGUACCAGUGGAGAUGAUCAUGGCUCAACCAGAAGAAGCCAGGAUGCCAUUGACCACCAUUGCAACAGGUGAAGUAGCAGGUCCCAUUGUUUCCACUUUGGAGCCAGAAGAUGGCCAGAAGGCUGCUGCCCUCCUGAAUCCCCCAAAGCCCAAAUGCCGUGGCAUACGUCGGAUGGUGGUAAAGAUGGCCAAGAUUCCUGUCUCUCUGGGGAGGAGGAAUAAGACUACGUACAAAGUGUCCUCCCUCAACAGUAACUUGAAUGUAGAAGGCAAAGGGGUUAUAAUCUCCCCUUCUCUAGAGCCCACGCCACUGCUGAAGAUGAAAAACAAUGGCCGGAACGUGGUGGUGGUCUUUCCUCCAGGAGAAAUGCCAAUCAUCCUGAAGCGCAAGAGGGGAAGGCCCCCCAAAAACUUAAUGCUUGGGCCCUGCAAACCUAAGGAGCCUGUUCCAGAAGUGAAAAAACGGAGGAGGAGGAAACAGAAGUUGGCAUCCCCACAGCCCUCUUAUGUUGCGGACACGAAUGACAGUAAAGCAGACUAUUCAGAUGUCCUGGCCAAGCUAGCUUUUCUCAACCGCCAGAGCCAGUGCUCAGCUCGUUGCUCCCCACCUCGCUGCUGGACCCCGACUGAGCCCGACUCAAUCCACCAGGCUCCUGACACUCAAAGCAUCUCCCACUUUUUGCACCGAGUACAAGGCUUCCGCAGACGAGGCGGCAAAGGAGGUGGAUUUGGGCGUGGAGGGAGCCAUUCCGCCCGUUCCUCCCGUUGCUCCUUCAGCGAUUUCUUUGAGGGCAUUGGCAAAAAGAAGAAGGGGGUUGCGGGGACGGCCAUGCAUGUCGACCCCGCACAUCCUCGGAAGAGAGGCCGUCCAGAGCCAGACCCCAUGGAGAAGCCCAAAAGAAAGAGGCGAUCUCGCAAAAACGGGGCCCUGUUUCCUGAGCAGAACCCCAGCCAGAACUUCAGUGAUGGGUCCUCAGAAUGGUGUGGAGAAAAAGAAAGUCAUUGGAUGUCCCACCAAGGACACCUUUCUGGUCAAGCCAACAGGAAUUGCAGCUACCAAGGCAGCGACUCUCGGACCUUCCACUCCUCAACCGUGGAAUCAAGUUCUUCAAGCCGAACUGGUUUUUAUGGGGGGAGCAAUCCAUCAUCCCAGUCUGAACUCAGCCAGGAAAGGCAGAGCCUUUUCACGGGUUAUUUCCGUUCGCUGUUGGAUUCCGAUGACUCCUCUGACCUGUUGGACUUUGCCCUCUCCAAUUCUCGCUCUGCCUCACGGAAAUCUUCAACCACCUAUACAGCCCCUCCCAAUGCUAUCGCAACCCAGAGAGGCAUGGCGUCUUACUCAAGCCGGGGUGGGAAAGCCACACCCUCUUCCACCACCACAACUGCCACGAGCGAGGUGCCCUUCCACACAGUCAGCCGGCAGUCGUUCCCUCCCAACAGAGCAACAGGCUACAACCUGUCCCAGGCUGCUUCGGAGUGCCGUGACCCAGAUGCCUUCCAGAAGCUGGCAUCUCUCUCGGCUGUCUCCAGGUCCCCCACUACUCACUCCACCACAGCCUCCAGCUAUGCACAAUACGGCAACUAUGGCAGUACUGGAGGACAAAGUGUGACUCCUGCCAGCUUGUUUCAGCAAGGGAAGCCCUACCACGCCCCCCAAGACUGUCCCAACAACAAGGACUGCAGCUUCACCUACAGUGGUGGCAACAGCCUGCCCUCCUCCCCAAGCAGUGCCCACAGUGCCAGCUAUACCCAGCAGACUUCAGGGCCCAGCAUGCCCUUGAGUAAGCCCUCUUUCUUCAACAGCUCCGAUCCCAGCCAGUUCUCCAGCUCCUCUCACACCCCCAUGAGGUGUGACAGCCGAGCAAGCACUGUAUCGCCAGGGGGUUACAUGGUCCCUAAGACUUCAGUCCCCUUCCAGCUCUCACCGGAGAACUGUAGGCAGUUUCCUAGUGCCUCUCAAUGGGCUUUCCGGCAAGGCUAUGGCAGUCUGGACUGGAACUCUGAGUCCUUCAGUCAACUCUACAACCCGGGCUUUGACUGCCACAUCAAUGAACCCAACGUCAUCCUAGACAUCUCCAACUAUACACCCCAGAAGGCCAAGCAGCAGACGGUCUCAGAGACCUUCUCCGAAUCCUCCUCAGAUAGUACCCAGUUCAACCAGCCAUCAGGCUACAGGAGGGCCAACAGCGAGGCUUCGUCUAGUGAAGGGCAGUCCAGCCUUUCUAGCUUGGAGAAGUUGAUGAUGGACUGGAACGAGUCGUCUUCAGCCCCAGGUUAUAACUGGAACCAGAGUGUUUUAUUCCAAAGCAGCUCUAAGCCAGGACGGGGCAGGCGAAAGAAAGUGGACAUAUUUGACACUGCCCAUCUCAGUUUUUCCACAGGCGGCUAUCCCUCCAAGAGAGGGGCUGGUGCUCGACAGCCACGGGGUUCCCGGGGUGCCUGUGCCUCCAAAAAAGAAAGAGGCACAGGCAAAGCUAAAUUCCCCACCAAAUCCCAGCCGGUGAACCCGCUGUUUCAAGACAGCACAGAUUUGGGACUGGACUACUACAGUGGGGACAGCAGCAUGUCCCCGCUGCCUUCACAGUCCCGGAGCUUUGGGCUCAGUGAACGUGAUCCUUGUGACUAUACAGGGCCCUACUCCAUGAAUCCUUCCACGCCUUCGGAUGGCACCUUUGGGCAAGGGUUCCAGAGUGACUCCCCCAGCCUGGGACAGACAGACUUGGAGAACAAGCAUUUCCCCAGCCUGCCCCACCAGCUGGCCGCCCCACCCACUCAGCAGACGGUGUUCGAAGCCAGCUUGCAGAAAGCUUUCUCACCCAACUGCUCCCCCACCCUGGCCUUUAAAGAGGACCUGCGGCCCAGUGACAUCCGGAAGCUUCCAGCCUGUGACUCGCUCAAACAUGGCAUAGCUGGGGUGGCCGGCUUGCCCCACUCAGCCCCCCACAUGGCCUGCCGGGACCUCUCCAUGUCUCAGCCACACUAUGAUUCUCCCAGCUGUAAAAACCCCAGCUAUUGGUAUUCGCCCACUGCCAGCACCCGCAGCCCUCCCUAUGACAACAAAGCCGGGGUGGGCAUGCUGGUAGACUUCAUGGGGAGGAGCCCCGAGGCUUCUUGCCUCAACCCCCAUUUGACCAGUCCCCCCAGCAGCAACCCUUCUAAGAGCGAGAAGGAGCCCAUGGACAUGGCGAGGGCUCAUCACCGAGGAGCCUAUAUUUGCCCCUUGAUGAAUGACUUAAAUAUCUCCCCAGUCCCAAGAGACUCGAUGCUGCCACUGCAGGACAACUAUAGGUACCCGAGCUUUGUACCCCAAGGGCACCCAAUCAUGGCUGCACCCCAGAAGAGCGGGUUUUUGGGUCCAAUGCUAGAGCAGCAUCCCGAGGACACAUUCACAGUCACCUCCUUGUAGUGUCAUCUGAAGUGCCAACCAGACACGAGGUUUUGUUUCAGGAGCUACUUUAGCAGCACUUUUCUCUGGAACACUUUUCAAGUUCUGUAUUUAAUGGAAAUCAAAAACAAAACAAAAACCCCACCACACACACACACACACACGUAU